ACGUGCCAUAUAUGCUGUAGAUUUUGUUUCAUGUAGGCCUUUAAAAGCACCAAACCUUCAUCCAAAGAGGACCCCAAAAGGCAAAGCGGUCUCUUUCUGGGUCUCUAUGCAACCGAUCUUCCAUAUAUUUCUUUCAACUUAGAGAGAGAGAGAGAGAGAGAGAGAUUAAGAUCAGAGAGGGAUCAGAGGAGAGAAUGGCACUUGAAGCUGUGGUUUAUCCACAAGACCCAUUUGCUUACGGUGGCUACAACUUGUUAGCAGGAAGCAAUUGGAGCUAUGACUUGGGCCCAGAAAGAGAAGAUGAACAAGCUGGCGGUACCUUCGAUUUUCUCGAGAACCAAACGGAAAACUGCCUAUAUGGAGAUUACUAUUCCUCAACUUCUUCAAUGCUACCACAUCUGAAUGAACUGCACAGCUACAAUCCAUCCUUAGAAGCCACCAAUGCUACUGCGUUAACUGCUGACGAAUCCCAACAAUUAGUUGAUACAUCAACAACCUCCAUGCCCAGUCGUCCGAAGAGACGUCGGGCAAAGAGUAGAAAGAACAAAGAAGAAAUCGAGAACCAAAGAAUGACUCACAUUGCUGUAGAGCGGAAUCGAAGAAAGCAAAUGAAUGAAUAUCUCUCCGUGCUUCGUUCUUUGAUGCCAGACUCCUACGUCCAAAGGGGUGACCAAGCAUCUAUAAUAGGGGGUGCCAUUAAUUUUGUAAAGGAGCUUGAACAACGUCUGCAAUUGCUUGGUGCUCAUAACGAAAUGGAGGCCGAAAACUCCGAUGCUUGUGUAUCUUUGCCUUUCUCUGAGUUCUUCACCUUUCCGCAGUACUCAACAAGUUCGACUUACUGUGAUAAUUCUGUGGUCAUGACUGAACAAGUGGGGGAGACACGACUGGCCAUUGCUGACAUAGAAGUAACCAUGGUAGAGAGCCAUGCAAACCUCAAAAUAAGAUCAAAAAGACGGCCAAAGCAGCUUCUUAAGGUUGUCUCUGGGUUGCAUACUUUGCGCCUCACAGUGCUUCACCUCAAUGUCACAACUGUAGAUGAAAUUGUGAUGUAUUCUCUCAGUGUCAAGGUAGAAGAUGAUUGCAAGCUGAGUUCAGUGGAUGAGAUCGCCACAGCAGUGCAUCAGAUGCUAGGUAGGAUUCAAGAAGAGGCAAUGCUGAAUUAGAAACCUUGUUUUAAUUUGCUCUAUUUCACCAUGCAUGAGAGACCACUCUGUUUUUAGGAAGUAUCAAAAUUAUUGAAAUUAAUGUUCUCUCAUUUCACUGUGCU